GGGGCGGGGCUGUGUUGCGCGCGCGCCCCGGAAGCGGAAGCCUGAGCGGCCUUGCCGGCGGCUGAUUGGAGGGCUUGUUUGGUCAGAAGCGGCACCUCGGAGAAGCUGCCCCAGAGCCAACUAUGCCUUCUGAGGGUCGCUGCUGGGAGACCUUGCAGGCUCUACGCAGUUCCGACAAAGGUCGCCUUUGCUACUACCGCGACUGGCUGCUGCGGGGCGAGGAUGUUUUAGAAGAAUGUAUGUCUCUUCCCAAGCUAUCUUCUUAUUCUGGAUGGGUGGUAGAGCACGUCCUACCCCAUAUGCAGGAGAACCAACCUCUUUCUGAGACUUUGCCAUCCUCUGCGUCGGCUUCAGCCCUAGACCAACCCUCGUUUGUUCCCAAAUCUACUGACACAAGCUCCACCUUUUCCCCAGCCUCCCCUGCAACACCAGAUGGAACCAAGGGCAAAGAUGAGUCCCAGCACACAGAAUCUAUGGUACUUCAAUCCUCACGGGGGAUCAAAGUGGAAGGCUGCAUCCGAAUGUACGAACUGGCGCACAGAAUGAAAGGAGCAGAGGGCCUGAGGCAAUGGCAGGAGGAGCAGGAGAGGAAGGUGCGAGCCCUCUCGGAGAUGGCAUCUGAACAACUGAAGCGGUUUGAUGAAUGGAAGGAACUGAAGCAGCAUAAGGAAUACCAGGACUUGCGGGAAGUAAUGGAGAAGAGCUCCAGAGAAGCCUUGGGACACCAAGAGAAGCUAAAAGCUGAGCACCGUCACAGAGCAAAGAUUCUCAACCUGAAGCUGCGGGAGGCGGAGCAGCAGCGUGUGAAGCAAGCGGAACUGGAGCGGCUUCGGAAGGAAGAAGGCCAGGUCCGCCUGCGGGCCCUCUAUGCUCUGCAGGAGGAGAUGCUGCAGCUCAGCCAGCAGCUGGAUGCUUCUGAGCAGCACAAAGGCCUGCUGAAGGUCGACCUGGCUGCCUUCCAGACCCGAGGCAACCAGCUGUGCAGCCUCAUCUCAGGGAUCAUCCGGGCCUCUUCAGAGAGUGGCUAUCCUACAGCAGAGAGCCAAGCUGAGGCUGAGCGAGCUCUGCAGGAAAUGCGGGACCUCCUUGUGAACUUGGGGCAGGAGAUGACCAGAGCCUGUGAAGACAAGAGGAGGCAGGAUGAAGAGGAGGCCCAGGUAAAGCUGCAAGAGGCACAGAUGCAGCAGGGACCAGAAGCCCACAAAGAGCCCCCAGCUACCAGCCAGGGCCCAGGAGGGAAACAGAAUGAAGACCUCCAGGUGAAGGUACAAGACAUUACAAUGCAGUGGUACCAGCAGCUGCAGGAUGCUUCCAUGCAGUGUGUGUUGACCUUUGAGGGCCUGACCAACAGCAAGGACAGUCAGGCCAAAAAGAUAAAGAUGGACCUCCAGAAGGCUGCUACCAUCCCAGUGAGCCAAAUCUCUACCAUUGCAGGCUCAAAACUGAAGGAGAUCUUUGACAAGAUCCACAGCCUGCUCUCUGGAAAACCUGUUCAAUCUGGUGGGCGCUCUGUGUCUGUCACACUUAACCCACAGGGGCUGGACUUUGUUCAAUACAAACUGGCAGAGAAAUUUGUGAAACAAGGCGAGGAGGAAGUGGCCUCUCACCAUGAAGCAGCAUUCCCCAUCGCAGUUGUGGCAUCUGGGAUCUGGGAGCUCCACCCCAGAGUGGGGGACCUCAUUCUUGCUCAUCUACAUAAGAAGUGUCCUUACUCUGUUCCUUUCUAUCCCACUUUCAAGGAGGGAAUGGCUUUGGAAGACUAUCAGAGGAUGCUUGGCUACCAAGUAAAGGAUUCCAAAGUGGAGCAGCAAGACAACUUUCUAAAACGCAUGUCAGGGAUGAUCCGUCUCUACGCUGCCAUCAUCCAGCUCCGGUGGCCAUAUGGAAACCGACAGGAGAUUCACCCUCAUGGCUUAAAUCAUGGAUGGCGCUGGUUGGCCCAGAUCUUAAACAUGGAGCCCUUGUCAGAUGUGACAGCCACCCUCCUCUUUGACUUCCUGGAGGUGUGUGGGAAUGCCCUCAUGAAGCAAUACCAGGUUCAGUUCUGGAAGAUGCUAAUUCUUAUCCAAGAGGACUACUUUCCCAGAAUUGAAGCUAUCACAAGCUCAGGACAGAUGGGUUCCUUCAUACGCCUCAAGCAGUUCUUGGAGAAAUGUUUGCAACACAAGGACAUUCCUGUCCCCAAGGGCUUUCUGACUUCCUCCUUCUGGCGCUCCUGACGUCACUCCAUCACCUACCAUCACUAUUAUGCUGCAGAGGCAAUAAUAAAGGAACUGAAGACAACUGUAUUUGGGAGAAGUCAUGUCAGAUUCAGAAAUUUGCCAAUAUGUAUUUUUAUGUAUUUAUACCUAGUGACUAGGAGAAGAGAUUUUCAUGCGUCACAAAAUUCUUGGAGGUCCCUUAGUAGAUUUGGUAGUUCCUUAAGAGAUCCACAUGAUAAAAUAAAUGGAAUUGGCCUUUCUUGUUUUUUGCAAAAGUGA